CACUAGAGGGCGACAAUCGCGCUGGAGGACGUGAGACUCCAACAGAAGAAGAAACCCGGAAGUUGGAGAGCGUCCGCGCGCACGUGAGCUUGUUGAAAACAGCGCGUCUGUCAGAGCUGCUGGAAGAUAACACCUGAUAACUAGAUAUCCAUCACAUGACUUGAAGCUCCUCCCCGUGGAAGAAUAACCCUCCAGAACCAAACACCAUCAGAAUCAGGCGGGCGGUGGUGGUGUCUCCACAGGACGAUGGUUCUGGACGUCUUGCUCUGCUCUCAUCAGCAUCUCUGUGGUUGCAGAAGAUGCUGAGCGAUGGAGAAGCUGCAGAGCUGCUGUCCUUCCUGACCCCCAGCACCCGCCCUGACGUGAAGGCCAAGGCCACCGAGUACAUCCUGGGACUGUCAGCCAGCAGGGAAGGAUGCUGCUUCCUACGCUCCAAACCGGACAUGGUCGGCGCCCUGUUUGCGCUGACCUCUGACCCGUCUGUCGCCAUAGCGAAGGACUGCUACCACAUCCUCAUCAACCUGUCAGCGGACGAGACUCUGCAUCAGGUUCUAGUGUCGGCCGUCGAAGUUCUUCCGGUUCUGUUGAAGAAGCUUCUGGAUCCAGAUUACCUGUUCUCCGACCAGAUCUCCACCAUCCUGUCCAACCUGACGCGCCACGAGAAGACCUGCAGGACGGUGUUCAAGACUUUGCAGGAGGACGUUGGUUUGGAUAAACUGGUGGAGAUCUUCUGCACUGAAGGCUUCAAUGCGAAGGCUAAACUCCACUACCUGGGUCCUCUGCUGUCUAACCUGACCCAGCUGCCUGAGGCCAGAAACACCUUGAUGGACAAGGACAGGUGUGUCUUCCAGAGGCUGCUGCCCUUCACGCAGUACCAGGCGUCAGUCGUCAGAAGGGGCGGAGUCGUAGGAACGCUGCGGAACUGCUGCUUUGACCACACUCAUCACCUGUGGUUGCUCAGUGAUGCUGUGGACAUUCUGCCCUUCCUGCUGCUGCCGCUGGCUGGUCCUGAGGAGCUGACGGAGGAGGAAAACGACGGUCUUCCUGUGGAUCUCCAGUAUCUCCCUGAGGACAAGAAAAGGGAGGAAGACCCCGACAUCAGGAAGAUGCUUCUGGAAGCUCUGCUGCUGCUGACGGCGACCAAAGCUGGACGGAAAGCGCUGAAGGACAAGAAGGUUUAUCCUAUAAUGAGGGAAUUCCACCGCUGGGAGACGGACGUUCACGUGGCGGCUGCAUGUGAGAAGCUGAUCCAGGUGCUGAUCGGAGAAGAGCCGGAGCCCGGAAUGGAAAACCUCAUGGAGGUGCAGAUCCCCGAGGACGUGGAGAAGAAGCUGAAGGAGAUGGAUGCCAGAGAGCAGGAGGAGCUGGAGAACGAGGAGAGGAGGAGAUGUGAGGAAGAGAGCUGAGAGAGGACCGCUGGAGCAGAGACGACGGUCAUGUGACAGCACGCCGUUUGACGUUUUGUUCUGACUGAAAGAGGCAGAGAGCAGCGCCUCUGACUGACAGGAAAGAGAAACUCUUCCACCGUUUGGAACCAACUGUCCUUCAUUCUUUUCUUUCUUCUUGUUAAAACAGUCAAGAUCAUUUCUACGUUUCAGGUUCAGUGAUAUUAUAUGACAGGAGAUCUUCUCCUGUUUGGUCUGAAUGUUCUUGGACUCAGAGAUUGAUGGAAGAAUCUGGAGUCUACUUCCUGUGACAGAUUGUUUACAGGGACAGACGAGGAUUUGGGACUAAGACUGGGAUUCCUCCUCGGAGGAAACCACCUGAACUCUGGGAUGUUCUGCAGGUUGAACAGAAAAUCGUUUCUUGAAUUCAUUUGGGGUUUGAUGCAGAAACAGCAGCUCCCUUCUUGUGUCUGUACUUCCUGUUUGAGCCAGUGAAACAGUUAUCACAAUAAAAGCAUUUACAAAUAUC